CGGAGUGUUCGGUUAUCCGCAGCCCGCAGGUUUUCUCACACGCUUAUCGCUUCGUCUCCAACACAAAUAGUUUUUCUCCUUGUGCUGUGUGUGAAAAAGAAGAAGCAAACCAACCAGAAAACGACUCAUCAUCAUCGGCGUUCCCGUUCUUCAUUGAUCUCCGUAUUGAUCUCAGCCUGCGGCUGCUGCUAUUACUACAUACCAUACACCCUGAUGAUGCUCCGGCAUCACUGAAAGACAGGGAACAACUAAGAGAAACGGUCCCCGAGCACGAUGAUAACUGAUAAGGAUUCGUCGUCACACGAAGAAGCUCCUUCGCCAGUAGCUGAUAAUACGGCUAGCCGCCGAAAAGUUAAGCACGCUGCACUAGAGCCGUAUCAUUAGUCUUAAGACGUACUCAGCCGGUUGUGGUUGUUUCUUUUCGUUGGUCCUCCGGCUCCGGUCUUUACCUAAACAUUGUGUCUUACGGGCAAUAAGUGACACGCUAGGAUAUAUCAAAAAAUUAAACAGUGCUUAUUGGUAGUACCGACAGCGAACCGAAGAGAGGCAAACAAUGGACGAGUUCGCCCUGUGCUGGAACAAUUUCGCGGACAACAUCGCUAGCGGUUUCCAGAAUUUGUACGACCGUGGCGAUCUGGUCGAUGUAACGAUCGCCUGCGACAGGAAGCUGCUGAAGGCGCACAAAAUUGUGCUGGCCAUCUGCAGCCCCUACUUUCAGGAGAUGUUUAUGACCAAUCCCUGCAAGCAUCCGAUCAUUGUCCUAAAAGAUGUGUCCGUAAACGUCAUGCAGGAGUUGCUGCAGUUCAUGUACCAGGGAGAGGUGAAUGUUAAACAUACCGAGCUGCAGAGUUUUAUGAAAAUUGCUGAGACACUUCAGAUUAAGGGACUGACAGCCUCUCACAAAAACGAUCGCAGCUCAACUCCGCAAUCGCAGCCCGCACCCGCUCACAGCAAUAGUACCAAUAGCAACAAUAAUAAUAACAGUCAGAUGGGCAAUCUGAACCGCCAUUCGCUGAAAGACCUAGCGGGCGGUCCAUCCACCAGUCAGCUGGACCCAUCGAAACUGAACUCGUACCUGGCGGCUGCCGCUAAGGAAAGCCUAAAACGUGCUGCUGCCGACGGUCCGUACUCGGGCGGAGCACCGGACUACCCUUCCAUCUACUCGUCGCAGAAAAAGGCAUUCAAGCGUUCAACGGACAGCAUCGAUCAGGAAAGCAACUCCGACUGCAUGGAUAAUCUCAGCUCGGACGAGGUCUUCAUGGCGACCUCGCCGCAAAUCUCGAUGAUCGAACAUUCCUCCUCGUCGAACCGGCAGUUCGACCUUUCGGCGGUAAAGCGCGAGAACCCGCACGAUUCCUUCUCGUCGCCACCGCGGCACAGCCCAACCAACCUGGCUACCUCGGCAGCGGCGAUGGGCUCGUCGGCGGCCGCUGCCGUGGCGGCCGGCAUGAAGCUGGGCUUCGCCAGCACUCCGACGCACCAUCCGGCGCUGCAUCCAAUGUUCGGGGCGUUCGAUCACAGUGCCAGCGGUGGGUUCAGCGGGAUGGCCAGCAGCCUGGCGGCAUCGAUUGGCGCUAGCGGAAGCGGUAAUGGUGGCACUGGUGGGACCGCCGGUGGCGGUGUCGGCGCAGGAGGCAUGUCACUCAGCGGGAAGGGCCCGACCGGAGCCGAUUAUGCGAGCGCCGACUACUCGCAGGAUUUUGGCAAAGGCAUCCCGGGCCAUAUGGACAUACCGGCCGGUCCGAGCAUCACAAUGCUCUCGUCAACCUCGCUACUCCACAACAAUUGUAUCUUUAACCGAAACAAUACGGUGGCCACUCAGCAGGGCCUCAAGACGUACUGGCUUUGCAAAUCGUACCGAGUUUCGAUGUGCCGUGCCCGCUGCAUAACCCAUCACGGCCAAGUGAUUUCAUCUACAGGAGUUCACAAUCAUCCACCACACAUGAAAGGACCCAAUGAAUUUCCUCCUCAGCAAUCGAUUCCACCCACACCGCCAGCACCACCACCUCCUCAACCUAACAUUGGUCCUCCUCCAGGAGGACCUCACGCCCCCCAUCAUGGUCAUCUGAAUCAUCUCCCGCAGCAGCACAUGAACGGUCCACAGAUUGUAGCCGUCAAUGGUGGUUACGAUCCUAACCAAGAUCCUCGCCUGCAUUACCAAACCAAUCCGAUGGGCCCACCCCUUCAAGAUCCUCAAUAUCCACACCAUCAGCUGCCAGCUCCUUACAGCAAUUCCCAUUCAUUUCCUCCUCAUCCUCCUCCUCCUCCUCUUCCUCCUCAACAGCCCUAUAUUUCUGCGCCCGCAAUGCCGCCGCCUACUGUUCAACAACAACAACAUCCACCACCGGCUCCAGAGACGGCUCAACCGUCAAUUUCCACAGAAAAUGACAGCUUCGAAACGGAUGUCAUCGACAUUAAGCUAACCCAACUUCAACCGUCGAUAACCAGCCAUCAUACAACGGAAACCGGUACGACAACGGUCACCCAAUCAACCGCUCUGCUGGGCGAUUCUGCCACUGACAGCAUGUUACCACCACCGCCUCAGCCGCCCACAGCAACGCUGUCCGAUGAUCAGCCGCCUCAACCGCCUCAACAACAGCAGCAGCUACAACUCAAAACGGAACAACUUUCCUAAAAAAAAAGCAAACAUUAAAUUAUCUAACAAAGAAAAACCAUGCGUGAUA